AUGGAUAUUUUCAACUGCCAAUAUUGCUCAGUGUCUCCUUUCGAGUAUAUUUUAGAUUUUAUAUAUGGCGAAAACCUACCAAAAAAAGAGGAGAAAAAAAGUUCCAAUGUGACAUACGACGAUAGUACCAGUAAUGACGUAUCUCAAGUUAUAUCCAAAGUAGGAGAUCAAAUAGAAAAAAGAUCAACCAAUGAAAUUUUACUAUUAUGUAGGGCUUGGGAAAAUUACGUGCAUCCUCGAGCCAAGGAAUACUGGAAGGAUUCACAGCAACUUCAAAACAUUUUAUGCAAAAUUGCAAAUGGAAUCACAAAAAAUGACGAUCCUAUUUUAGGAGAUGAUUAUGCAUGUGUCUUUUGGUACGGAGAUAAAAACAAAAAUGAUAACUGUCCUAUCAUAUCAGUGAAAAAAGGAAAUGACAAUGUGGAAACAAUUACUUAUGUUAAUAGAGUCCUCAUUUUUCUUUAUGCAGAUGAAGCCAGCUUUCAGGAGUUGCAAAAAAAGCCGAAGAAGGCCUUUACCAUGGCAUGUGGAAAUAUCAACUGUAUCAAUUUGACGCACAUUUCUUUGGAUGAUUAG